GUUAUCUGUUAAAUUAAUUAUUAGUAGAGCCACUGAAGUGUCAGCCCUAUGUCUACAGAACCCGAAAAGGUGGCUCCUACGGGGAGCGUCGAGACGGAAAAGGCGGGUCCUUCUUAUAAGCCUAAGGAAUAUUAUAAGGUCACGGAGGCGAUUUUGAGGCUGUUGCUGCUUGCCUCGUUGGUGGUGGCCGUGGUGGUUAUGGUAACUAGUAAAGAGACUGAACUGAUUUCGGUGAAACUUGACCCAUUCCCCCCUUUCAUGCUACCCCUUACUGCAAAGUUCACUCAAUCCCCAGCCUUCAUAUACUUUGUAGCAGGACUAUCUGUGGCUGGGCUCUACACCAUCAUCUCCACUCUAGCUUCAUUCUAUAACCUCCUCAUUAAGCCUGGUUUCUGCCCAGCACUAGUUUCCCAUUUUAUUAUCCUGGAUGUGGUAAUGCUGGGGAUAGUGGGUACAGCAACAGGAGCAGCAGGGGGAGUAGCUUACAUAGGUUUGAAGGGCAAUUCUCAUGUUGGGUGGACUAAAGUCUGCAAUAAGUAUGGCAAGUUAUGCACACACCUUGGGGCUUCCUUAGCUGUCUCCUUUUUCGCCUUCAUCGUGUUGCUGCUGCUUAUUAUCCUUUCAAUCCACUCCCUCUCCAAGAAAAUCCCCAAGUAGCCACCCAGCCAGCGAGCUUAUUUUCGAGGAGUUUGAGUCCCUAUCCUGUGCUGUGCAAAUAAUUUCUCUACAUUUACACUACACAUGCAUUCUACUCUGCAGUUAAAUACUACAGAAUCUAUCUUGUAUUUGUAUGUAUACAUUAUUUAGAAUGAACAUUCUCGAGUGUUUCAGUCUAACUAAGCUU